GAGGGGGCGUCAGAAAAGUAGAUGAGAGGGACAGGAAAGAGGGAAACUGAAGGAGUCUGGAGAAGAGAGCAGGAGCACACACAAAAAAAAAAGGAAAAAGGACAAGUCAGCAAAAGAUCUUGGUAGCGUUCGCCCGACAGCUGCAGUGAUCCGAGGGGCCUGGGGUGGGGAAGCGAGCUCACCGGAGACAAAAUAAAAGUCUGGUUUACAUUUUUAUUUUUAUUUUUUUUGCGGGAGAGGAGAAAAGAGGAGGAAGCGGAGAGCUUCUGCAACCUCCCCGUGUCCGGCAGGUGAACAUGGACUCGGACUCCGGAGAGCAGAGUGAUGGAGACCUCUCCCCAGGACACGAGAGCUUCAACUCGCGCUCCCUGACUCUACAAGCCCAAAAAAAGAUCCUGAGCAAGAUGGCGACCAUGGUGGUGGCCAACAUGCUGACGGACGACACCAGCAGCGAGAUCUUGGACGAGCUCUACAAGACCAGCCGCGAAUUCACCAAGAGCAAGAAGGAGGCCCACAAGAUCAUCAAGGAUGUCAUCAAGAUCGCCCUGAAGAUCGGGAUCCUUUACCGCAACCACCAGUUCAGCCCCGACGAGCUGGACACGGUGGAGCGCUUCAAGAAAAAGAUGAACCAGGCGGCCAUGACGGCGGUGUCCUUCUACGAGGUGGAGUACACCUUCGACCGGAAUAUUCUGUCCGAGCUCCUGCUGGAGUGCCGGGACUUGCUCCACACGCUGGUCGAGCAGCACCUGACGGCUCGGUCGCACGCUCGCAUCGACCAUGUUUUCAACCAUUUCGCCCACGGCGAGUUCCUAGCCGAGCUGUACGGAGACGGAGACGAUUACAGACUCUCUCUGCGGAAGAUCUGCAACGGCAUCAACAAACUGCUGGACGAGGGGACGCUUUAAUCUCUUAGCUCUGCCGCCGCGCCGCUUCCUUCUCGCCCUUCCCCCGGACAGUUUGCAUCACUUCCGCCUUUAUCUCUGUCAGCUUCCUGUUUCCUGCGUCCGUUUCCAUGGAGCCGGUUGUAACAUCCUGAAGCUGCGGCUCGCUGAGGGUUGUUUGAUGAAGACUGGUCCUCCGCUAGCACACUCGGACAAGGUGUGUCAUGUAUGCAUUCACGGAAAACCCUUGGAGCAUUUACCCCAUGUCCUUGCCAUCCAGCUUCGGGUCCAUGUACUAGUAUGCGCUUUGUCCUCACUAAUGCGGCAAUUCAGUGUACUCGUAGUUUUUUUUUCAACUGCACCUCUAGCCUACUGGUGCACAGUUGAAUUUUACUAUUAAACUACUCUACUGCACUAGUAAUACUAGCGCCCACUAAUAUCCGUAUGUGCUUGCUAGUGAGGACAAAAACUGCACUAGUACAUGGAUUACUUGUCUUUUAUGGAAAGUCAUUCGUUGAUGUCCUUAGUAUCCAUCUUAACAUCCAUGUACUAGUACACUAGUAGGACAACAUAGUAUUACUGCGUUUUCCACUAUUAGUAGUACAUCCGGCGUAAGACUGUGCCAAACAAAUAUGCGUUCAUCCAAGAUGACACGCUGUGGCAACCCCUAACAGGACAAGCCGAAGGAAGAGAAGUGGUACAUGUUAGUAGUAAGGCAUAACAGCACACUGGAUAACUUUGUGCUUCCAGUACACAUUGUAAGAUUCUACAAGUUAAUAUCCAGCGCUUCACUAGUAGUACACAAAAAGUAGAAAUGUCUUGCGUUUGCGCUGAAGUGGAAAAACUGUCAUUAAUAAGUCAUUCUACGAGUAUGCCCUAGUUAUUCUACUAGUGCGUUGAACGGUCUUACUAGGGAAAGAUUGAGGAAACAGGACAGGAGACAGGAACCUUAAACUGGCUAUCGAAUAAAUGUUCAAGCUGCCCUCCAUAUGUCCUCCCUUUUGUGUGGAAAUAAAUUAAAAAAAAAAAAAAAAGUACCAAUGGCCAAAAACAUGCAGUGGGUAAAUUUGCAUUUGGAAGAUAGCGGUGAUUUUUUUUGGUGUCUGUAAGGGCUUGCCGUGAAUUAUUUUGUACAUAAAAAAAACAAAAACAAAACAAUGACAAGUCAUGUUGCUGUGUUAAACCUCUCCAGGGUGUAUUACUUGUCUUUUAUUAAAGAUUUCUUGUUGUUUCUUCUGACAAUAACAGGAAGACUUUGAUUGACUUUCUUCUCGGCGCUCAUUCCCAGCGUCGAUUGAUGUUUUCAGGCAUCGCAUCAAGGAAAAGAACGAUUUCCAUGCUUGCUAUGCUCAAAUAAGCUUCCAACAUUACUGCUGUUUUUUUUUUUUUUUUAAAACCUAAAAUUGUCUCCAAGACAGGAAUUACACAGAUGGAAUGGAUCGGGAAAAUAAACCACAAACUGCACACAAGGCCACAAGUUUCCUGUUCGCUUCACAUAGAUGCACGUGAGCCAUGACUUUGCCAACAUGCAUUUCGGAAUGUCGUGCUAUAAAACCGUUUCUGCGUCGUGGGAUGCCCCCGUGGUUGCAGACCAACCAUGAAGUCCGCGUCAACCCUUCUUUUGAUGCCAAAAUGCGAACACUGCAAAGUUAGCUCAGUGGUAACUGUUGUAAUUCAUUAAUAAAACAUUUUUUUUCA